CGACACGGAACUUACCUUUCGCCCAAAUAGUUUUUACCUAGGUCAUCCGGCGCUCUGAUCUGGUUUACCAGUAAGAACAGUAUUCGAUUGUCGUUUGUUAAAGCGACAUGUCUUUGGGAAACGAGGAGAAAGACAUCAACGUUCCGAAAUGGUUAUCAGACUGUAAAGAAGCGAUCACAUCUUCUUCGGAAUGGAAACAAUACAUUUUGACAUUAAACGAUGCCAUAAGACAACAGUUGGAAGACAGCCAUGUACCAUUCUUUACUGAUCUGAGCCAGACCAGCAGAAUUCAUUUCGUGGACACAGCAAUGAGAGCCACAGAAAAUGGUACAGAUUACAGAUCAAUACACGACAAAGUAACCAGUCUGGUCAAUCACCAUCUUCACACUUCAGCCAUCUCUCAUUCUCAUCGACCUCACACCAAACCUCAAGGGAUUAUUCAACAAACCUAUGAAGGUAUAGAAUACCUACUUCACCGCUGGCCCUUCCUCAGGUCUAAAUUGACCAUUUUCUUUAACUGUCCUCUACCAAAACACCUACGUCACUUAAUCUGGAAGACUUUCUUAGCAGAUGCAAACGUUUCUCACAAGUUUCUGGCCCAAUGUAAGGAUGAUCCAGAUAAACGAAAGCUAUUCAAUCCAGAAAUAUCAGAAAACUGCAGAAAAUUUAUUAGAAGAAUAAACCUGCAAGGAUUAAAUGGUUCUGAGGGUGCAUUUUAUUGUAUGAAAAGCAUUCUAGCAUUUUACCUGUUGGUUGCAGAACAACCAGUGUCUCUGGAUCCCAAGGAAUAUUUCAUCACUGUACCAUUCCUUCUAGUUGCUAUGCAACAUAUCCAAAUUACAAAUCCAGUCCCUGACAAAGUUCUUUCACUUCUGAUUGAAGAAUAUUGCUCAUUCAAGAAGAACCUUCCUAUGUUUGUACAAGAUUCUGACAAGGAUUUAAAAUCUUUUACCAAAAACGUUAUACAAACAUUGAGGCAGAAAUACCCAAAUGCAGAACAAGUGGUUGCCCAAAAAUGUGGUGGAGUACAUGAAGAAGCUGCUAUCACAUCCGACAUUGACAGGGAAUUCAUUCAAAAGAUGUCUAUUUUGCUGAAACCGGUCAUCCAGAAUAUGUUUGUUGUUUACUUUAAUCUGGAAACUCUUCUGUAUGUCUGGGAUCAGUAUAUCAUCACAGCCGACAACACAAGCUUCCAAAACUCUUGGCUGAUUGCUGUGACUGCUAUUUCAUUGAAUUGUCUCAAAGGCUAUCUGAGAAAUACCACAUCAGCUGACAUUAAUUUAAUACUUCUUGAAAACUGGCCCAUGAUCACAGUUUUGGAUAUACAAUUUGAGGUAAAGAAUAAAUUCAAUGAAGAAUUUGAAAGUCUUUUAAAUGUCGGUCAGCAGAGAAAGAUGACCUUCCUUGACCCAUCUCUCAACAACACUUUCUGGCAGAAAUGGUACACCUCCCCAUCUCUAGAAUACACCCAACCUCAAGACAGACGUCUGUUCAAAGAGAUUCUGCAUGCAGAAAAAGAAAGAAUCAAUCAACAAUUGGAAAGAAAUCAACUGGAAAUCCAGAGAGAGAAACUUCAAUACAAGCAACAAUUAGAAGAAAUCCUGGAACAAUCUAGAAACGAGAAACAACUGAUGCUGAGAGAACAGAACAGUUUACAAGAGAAACUAAAUAAAGAGAUAGCAGAUCACAAAACAUGUUCACAGGAUGCAGCAAUUAAAAUAGCUGAACUCAAUGCAGAAUUACAAACCCUCAGGGAACUAAGUCUUAAAUUUCCUGAUUCCACGAGGGAUCAUGCUGAAAAUACAAAUCCUUCUUCUGCAAGAACCUGUUAAACCUAAAUCAAAGAUAUGAGAAAAAAAAGAGAGAGUUAAACCUGAAUACUUGAGAACCGGAAUUGAAUCCAUUUGUGACAACCACCAGGAAUUAUGAGUUGUGUAUCGUGAGUCAACAGAGAAGGCAAUACAUGGUCGUCAUUCAAGCUGAUAGAAAUAGUCCUCAAAUCUCCCUCAAAUUACGCCUUAUAUUUUUAAAAAUGUAUUAUAACACUUUGAAGAAUGUAAUCCUAGAUAUACAACAGAACAGGAUGGUCAUGACUGGAACACAUCAUAGGACUUUGCAAACAUAACCUGGAUAUCACAUGGUUGUCCUAAAUACAAAGCGUGAUAUCUGAUCUCAAUAAACU